CCUUAAAGUCUGUUUAGUUCACGACUAGCGAUUACAGAACUUUACACAUAUUGGAUACUAGACUCUUAAUAAGCAUUUUGCUCGAAACGAGCUAAGGUAGCCUUACUAAAUGCAUUUCUGCAACAGGGGUGCGGGUUCUCUCAUCGAAGAGAUGGAUCAGAACAACUACAGAUGGCCGAGUAACACCGGCGCUACGAAUAUGUUCAACUUUGAUCGCACAUUCGCUAAACAGCAAGUAGCAGCAGAUAAGCCACUACCCAAUAAUAAGGUAAAUGCUGCAACUGGUAUGGUUUGGGAAGCGGAGCAGGAGAAGCCCACGUCGCCCACUUUUUUGAAUCUUAUAGAAGAGUUGCAAAGGGCUUCCGCCCCGCCUACACAAACUAUAAAUGACCAAAUUCCACCCAUACAAACACCACAGCUGAAUUUCGAAUGUGAUGGGAAUCAACAGGCUCCUCAACAGCCACAAUCUCUCAACAAUUUAAGUAGCACAAACAAGAGUUCAAAUUCUCGAAAUCCUUUUGUUAUGGGUGGUAGGAGACAUACACUGUCGAGUGUCAAGGAAGGAGUUGAUAAUAUUGGGUCCAAAUGGCUCAAAACUCAUGCCAGGCCACCCGCGCAACCAAAUUCGCCAUAUUCCGGUUUAUAUGCACAGAAGCGACAAUCUAGUCAACCAAAACUUCCACAGUAUACAAAUAGUCUCACUGGAGAUGACCCCUUAAAUGAAGUUAUGGACUUUUUGGGAAGAACUGAUAUAAACGCCCCAGCCUCUAUGCAACGCGGAUAUUCACCCAAAGCUCUCCACCCAGCGAAUGAAGGUCAUAGAUCGCUAUCAAGUAUGGGAAGGCGAGCAACAUACAAUGGUGGUAAUUUUGAGCACCGUCGGAAUGCCGAUAUGACGAUGGACGGUAUGCUACAAGAUAGUAAUUGUGCGGCUAUGUGGACAGACCACGAUGCCAACCAGCGUGCGUCCAUGGAUCAGGGUUUGUACAAGGUUCAAGACCUUAUGUUACAGAAUCGAGGGGAUGCAAAUUUAAAUGUCAUACCUCAAGACUUGUGGAGUGCACUGCAGCGGAACCAAGGAGACAACGACUUGCAACAGCAGAGGAAUACGUCUCUGCAAGAUGAGCACCUUAAUAGCGGCUUCUUUCAGUCCGAUUCGAAUUUGAUGUUCGGCCACAGCCCGCAAAACGGGGACUAUAGUUCGCCGAAUAGUAUGGGAGAUUUUCAACAUACGGGCCAGAAAAAGGGACGACGACGUCGAACAUUUGCCGAGCUUUCUAGAGAGUUCACAUGCACUUAUCCUGAUUGUGCCAGGCCCUAUGCUAGCGCUCACUCACUGCAGCAACACAUAAGAAUUAAGCAUACCAUGACGCAUCCCACAUUAUUCAAAGGAAGCAAGAAGACGAACGACGACGAAGUGAAUGAAAAGGAGCAAGACGAUGAGUUUGCGGGCACAGGUUCGGGGUCUGAUGCCGAGUCUAUCGGAAAGGUGGAUAUCAAGGAGGUUGACAUGAAAGAGAUGUGCACAAAGAAUGGCACGAAUGAUUGUGGCGACCCAGUUGAAACGAAAGCAGAACCAAAGAAGAAAAGCUUCGCAUCGAACAUCAUAAGUGCUUUGCAUAAAAAGAAGAUGAAGGAGAAACCUCGCACUGAAACUUUCGUCGCUGCAUAGACACCAAGAUGCCUCGAUUUUAUACAGGAAAUUAAUCGAGCUUACUCUAGCUGGAGAGGACAGACGAAUUCGAAAUAAAGCAAAGUAUCAAGAUACAAAAGGUCAAGGGUCUAACAAAUAUAGAGAACGGAACGGAAACAUAGCGGUUCGCCGAAUCACAUUAGUUGGAACUACGACUACGGCUACAAUAAAAGGGAGCAUUGACGACUCAGGU